GUGUCUGAUGUUAUCGACAUAGAAUCACCCGAAGUAUUUGUUCGACCUAUAUAUGCUGGUAAUGCAAUCACUAAGGUAAAAUCAAAGGAUCCUAUAAAGAUUAUUACCAUUCGUGGAACAGCAUUUCAUCCUGCGGAGGUUAGUGAUACUGAGGCUAUCCUUGAAUCCGCCCCAGAUGCAGAAAAGCCAAUCCUUACCGAGUGGAUAAGCGAAGAACUUCAAAAAAGUGACCGUCCUGAAUUGGACUCAGCGACAAAG